AAUGACCCCGGAAGUAAAUGGGGGUUAGGAAGGUUUUUGUAAUGGGAAGAAAAUUGGCGUGACAGAACCCAAUAUGCACGAGCUGGCUAAUCGUUACUUAACUGUUUUUUUCUUCGUUUUUGGGUAAAUAUCCCAACCAUCCAUCCGUUAUAUAAAUUUAAAUAUUGACUUUAAAGCCAUCGAAGCCCUUUUUUUUUCUCGGUGUCCAUUUUGUAUUUCCCCUCUUUUACACGACUAAAAAACGCGUCACUCAGCUAACCAACGUUAGCCACAGUUAAGCUAACCUAACAUAGCCACGCCAAGAUGGACGCAGCUGCGGCGGAGGUGCUUGAAGACGCCGGGGCAGAGGAGCAGUCCAUCGCUAUGGAUGUUGCCACGCCAUCAAACAUCGCUAUGGAUGUUGCCACGCCAUCAAACAGCAGUGCGACAGCGGCCGAGGGUACCGCAGAUGGGCCUGAAAUUUGUUGCCAAGAUUGUGGCGAGGCCUUCAGAGAAGAAGCAGGCUACUUGGAGCAUCGCAAUCAGCACCCUGACGGAAGCUGCCUAAUGUAUUUAGAGCCAGUGGAAGAUUUGGAUGAUGCAGACAAAGAUGGAGAAAGUGCAAGUUACUGUAAUUUCUGCUCAAAGUCAUUUGGUGAUUUGAGUGAAUUCCACUUACACAUGGAGAACCACCGCAGUCAACACCUUGACACUCAGCCGAUUUCAGGGGCGGCGAAGCCCACCUUUCAAUGCGAGGAAUGUGGCAAGAGCUAUUUUAUGUUCGGACACUAUCUCAAUCAUCAGCGCUCCCACAUUCAGGCAUCAAAAUCUCUAUUUAAAGACUUGGAACAGUUGAAGAAAAAGUCCUUUCAGUGUGAAUCUUGCGGUCGGAGUUAUUCUCGUCAGUCUGCCCUUGAUGCCCACCGACGUUGUCAUGAAGGAAAAUUAAUCAAAUCCCGAAACAGGACUUCAGAGGAAUUUAUUCCUCCUGUUGAGACAGCAGCUGAAGCCAAGCCUGUUGAAAACCAGACUUGUGCUAUUCCCGAGAAGCUUAUCAGUUGCACUUGCGGUAAAGCUUUUUCUUCUUUAAAUGGCUUGAAAACACACCAGCGAUUCAGCCGCUCCCUCCAGUGCUCUAAAAUAGAAAUUAAAGUAAAGCAGAAGAAAAAUGUGUAUAACUGUAAGGACUGCAAGAAAAUUUUCCAUGGCCAUCUUGCUUGGUUCAACCAUGAGAAAUGGCAUGAAAACCGAGCAGAAGGCUCUGCAAACCGAUUUCCAUGUGAGACCUGUGGAAAAGUGUUUAUGACUCAAACCUUCUACUUAAGACACCUCCGCACGGUGCACAGCGAGGCCCCGGCAAAGUCAUUUCUCCACCAAGUGGGCCAGGUGCAGAAAAGGGCGCUUGAAUGUAAAGACUGUGGCCUCAAGUUUUCUAGACCGUCAGCAUUUCACUCUCAUCAGCUUCAACACACAAAGGAUUUUAAAGAAACCGAGGGAUUGGCUGAUAUGCAAAAACCUCUGGUACAACAGCAGAUUACUUUGCAUGGUGAACCUAUAUUGAGAUAUCAAGCAGACGCACAGAAUGUUCUCCGGCUUAAGAGUGAUGAUGACCCACUUGCUAAUGAAGAAGAUAUGGAGAGUUAUGAACCUGGGGAUUUCAACGUCCUGGUGAUCAGUGCCAGUGAAUCGGAGGAGGAGACCGUUCAAGACUCUCAUUUUGAGCUGGACAGCGAAGCUGAUCAACAGGCUAAAGACUUUGCCGAAACAGUCCCUGCUCCCAAUCCACCAGAGCUGGGCUUGAAAAUUGUACAGGUUGAUCUCGAGUCUGGCAAGGAACAACGCCCAACGACAGAAGCCGAAAACACAGCGGCGGCAGAAAGAAUUGAUUGUCCAGAUUGUUACCGGUGGUUUACUAGUGAGUCGUCUCUGCGGGCUCACUUAAUGUGGCACAACGUUCAUGAGAGGAGACGAAAGAAAGCCAACAGGAUAAAGUUGAACUUUUCGCAGAUGUACAGACCGAGGCCGUCAACUGUGGAGGUCUUGAGAAAAGUGGGGGAGGUGCAGAAUGACCAGGAGAUGGAAGCUGACUGUCAAGUGCAGCAAGAAAGUUCCAACUCCAUGAAGACGGUCCACAGGUGCAACAUUUGUGGGAAAGGAUAUGCGUAUCUCCUAUCUUAUCGAAAGCAUCUGCAGCUGCAUAAGAAGCGGUCCUCUUCAAUCAAAAGCUUGCACGGCGACACCGCCAAUACGUACGACUGCCCGAUUUGCGGAAUGGGCUUCUACAGGAAAACUCGUUUGCAGGGUCACCUGUUAACCCACAGGCUACACGACGUGUACCGGUGUGAGCAGUGCAACAAGGACUUUGAGUCUGUCAGUUCAUGGGUGACUCAUGAAGAACUCCAUAAAACCAGGCCCUUUUGGUGUCUCACCUGUGCCAAAGGGUUUAGACAAGAGGAAUUUCUUGAUAAACACCUGCAAAGAGACCAUAUGGGGAAUUACAAGUGCAACGUUUGCCCCAAACGCUAUCUCACGCCAGCCCUGCUCAGCGAUCACAUCAGUAUGCAUUAUUCACCACGUCUCAAGAAGGCAGCCAGUGAUGAAAAGGAAAUGAAAAAUGGAGAUUUGUCUAUUCCAAAUCAAGUGCUUGAAACAGGGACGGGGCUGGGGGCUGAGCCGGGGACGGAGCCGGGGACGGAGCCGGGGACGGAGCCGGGGACGGGGACGGAGCCGGGGACGGGGACGGGGACGGAGCCGGGGACGGGGACGGGGACGGAGCCGGGGACGGAGCCGGGGACGAAGCCAGACAAAGCCAGAGAGCUGUGUGAAGAUGAAGAGUUUGCUCACUCUGACCACUCUGAUUGUGGGGAGCCUUUGCACAAGCCCCCCAAAUUGUCCACAUCUCUAGCCUGUCAUCCAGGAGUAGUAGUAGAAGCGCAAACUGUGCCGGUUCACAAUGGCGGCGAAAAACCGGAGCAAAAGCAACGCAGGUCGUAUCAUAAGUACUGGGAAUGGGAGUGUUUUGAAUGCGACAUGGGCUUUGAUGACGUGUCUCAUCUUCAUUUGCAUUACAUCAAACAUGCUACUGGAGAGGUGCCUUUUCUACAUGAAAUGGAGGGAUGA